AUGCCUUUCUUUUCCAACAACCCCGAAUACGCUUUGGACUCUUCUUCACACUCGCAGUUCAGUAUCGCUGGAACUCGCAUACAAACACCAAUGCCGUCAAGAAUGGCCACAAGCUAUCAAAAUGAAGAUAAGAGUGAAUUCGAGGUGAAGGGUCACUCAAAGUGGACCUUCCUACCGGUUGAGCGCGAAGUCACUACGCUGCAACGGGCCCUUCUCGAACAGACCUGA